GAAAAACUUUCCUAAUUAGAUCAAGCUUCGUCGUUAUCUCUCUUUGUGUUUUUCUUUGGAUUUUUCAUAUACUACUAUCUUUAGUAGAAAUGGGAAGGGGUAGGGUUGAAUUGAAGAGGAUAGAGAACAAGAUCAAUAGACAAGUGACAUUCUCGAAAAGAAGAGCUGGCCUUUUGAAGAAAGCUCAGGAGAUCUCUGUUCUUUGUGAUGCUGAGGUUUCCCUUAUUGUCUUCUCCCAUAAGGGGAAACUCUUCGAGUACUCCUCUGAAUCUUGCAUGGAGAAGGUCCUAGAACGCUACGAGAGGUACUCUUACGCUGAGAGACAGCUGACUGCGCCUGACUCUCACGCUAAUGCACAGCCGAAUUGGUCAAUGGAGCAUAGCAGGCUUAAGGCUAAGAUUGAGCUUUUGGAGAGGAACCAAAGGCAUUAUCUGGGAGAAGACUUGGAAGCAAUGAGCCUUAAGGAGCUCCAGAAUCUGGAACAGCAGCUUGACACUGCUCUUAAGCACAUUCGCUCCAGAAAAAAUCAACUAAUGUACGAGUCCCUCAACCACCUCCAUAGAAAGGAGAAGGAGAUACAGGACGAAAACAGCAUGCUUACCAAACAGAUAAAGGAGAGGGAAAACAUCCUAAGGACACAACAAAACCAAUGGGAGCAGCAGAACCGCAACCACGAUGUACCACCACAGCCGCAACCGCAACAGUUUCAACCCCAACAUCCUUACAUGAUCUCUCAUCAGACUUCUCCUUUCCUAAAUAUGGGUGGAAUGUACCAAGGAGAAAAUCAAACGGCGAUGAGGAACAAUCUGGAUCUAACUCUUGAACCCGUUUACAAUUGCAACCUUGGUUGUUACGCUGCAUGAAUAAUACUCCAUGGACCUAUCAAUCAAUAUAAAUAUAAAUAUAAGAUCGAUCGUCUACACAAGAUCUAUAAACACCAUUUUACCUAAGUUAAUGUAUCUUUGGCUUGUCCCAUGCAUGCUCUAUCUGAUCAUAUCAACGUCAUCAAGCCUUUUGUCCCAUUCAUCAUGUGUUGUAUGUUGGGGCGCAGCAAUGA